AUGAACCGACGCUCCUUCUUCUGCAGUCAUCCCGUCCUACGACUUCCUGGUUUGACAGCCCAGAGACAUGACACGGACUAUACUACCAAGUAUUGGAAAACUAGCAGACUCAACUCUUCAUCGCAAGCAUCCCUGCGAGAGAAUCAUGGACAUAGGCCCUCAAGUCCUACAUCUAGCUAUCGCCGGACUCCAGAUCAUGCAAGAAAGGCCACUGGCUCAGCAAGGCGAGCAACAAGGGAUCACUUCACUUCUGCAUAUAAACUUAGACCUUUCUAUUCUGCAAGUCAUGAGAUAAUGGUUAGUGUAGCCUUAAGAGUAAUAGUUUCUCCUCAUCGUAAGGUCAUUGUGGACGAGUAUUCCCCAUGCCAGAAAGGUGCUGUAAACGUUAGCAUUAUUGACGGGAAACAAACACUUGAACAUUUCUUAUGCCACACGAAAGUAAGCUUUCCCUUUAAAGACUCUCAUACCAUACGUAAGAGAAUAGAAUCGAAGGCAAUGCAACCCACGCAACGCUCUACAUCAGCUGAUACAUGCAUUUUGCCAACACAGUAUGUUAGGUGUAAAAACUUGACCGAGCGGUUGUGCCAUUCCCUGCCUCGUUACAGUGGCACCCUCCGGAACACCGCUGCGUCCAGAGGAAACGUGAACAAGAUCGUCUGCACAGAAGUGGACUGGCAGGUCGACUUGCGCGCAGGUAUAAAAGGACGGACUCGGCCCCAGCAACGCAUUCACUGCCGGAUCCUCUCAAGAGAAGCAUCUAAGAAGAUGGGCGUGUGUGGACGUGUCGCUGCCUUCCUGGCCUUGGUGGUCUUGGCCCACGCAGACUCGGAUGCGGGCUACGCCUUCCCCACUCCUGGCGGGGGCGCUGGCUUCGGAAAUGGGCUUGGAGCAGGAGCAGGGUUCGGAGGGGGAGCUGGAGGUGGAGCUGGAUUCGGGGGUGGAGCUGGAGCUGGAGCUGGAUUCGGAGGUGGAGCAGGAGCUGGAGCUGGAUUCGGAGGUGGAGCAGGAGCUGGAGCUGGAUUCGGAGGUGGAGCUGGAGCCGGAGCUGGAUUCGGAGGUGGAGCUGGAGCCGGAGCAGGAUUCGGGGGUGGAGCAGGAGCCGGAGCUGGAUUCGGAGGUGGAGCUGGAGGUGGAGCUGGAUUCGGAGGUGGAUUCGGACCCUCUGGACCUUCCUGCCCCUACGUGACCUCAUACGUCACGGAACACCGCACCCGAGUGCAGGAGGUCCCCUCUUAUGAAACUGUCUUCAAGAACGGCUACGACGUGCAGACCGUGCACGUCCCCGUCGUGAGCACCAUCGUCCAGACGCAGACGGAGACUAAGUACGUCCCCGAGUACGUCACCACAACCAGCUACGACAACAUUAUCGAGACUGUCCACGACCGCAAGACCGACUACGUGACCAACUUCGACUCGGUCACCAUCACCAAUGCCCAGUACGUGCCCAACACCGUCACCGUGACCUCCAUCUCCACCGUCGUGUCCGUGCAGGUGCAGUACGCCACCGUGGUCGAGACCGACUACGUGCAGCAGCCCCUCGUGCAGACCUCGACCAACUACAAGGUCCAGUACGAAACACAGUACGUUCCUCGCUACGUGACCGACGUAACGACUGUCAAGACCUACACGACGGCCUGCCCCUACGGACUCUAAGGCGGGGUCGAGGACGCGCAGAGGAAAAAAUAACAUCCUAAUAUUAUUUUGCUGGUAUUUAAAAUCUAUGGAUGUCAGUAUUUAAUGAUGUGUUGUGAUUGCAAUAAAUAUAUUAGCGACU